AUUGUGUUUUUCUAUUGAAAAACAAAUCUGAGUUCCCUGACAAUUUGGCAAAAGCUGUCUGAGAUCAGUAUUCACAGGUGAUCUUUUAUCCGGGCUCGAUGAAACAGCGUGCAUCACGUGUACCUUGAAGACCACCCACGUCCCACAGGACCAUUACCCCACCAGGAUGAUUGUUUCGCGUGACCGCUGUAAGAUUCUUGGUACAGUCCUCGAUAUAUCACGCCAUUCUUUUUCUGUGACCAAUGGUGACCGUUGUCGCAGGUUCCCGGCACAGUGGACGCCGACAUUGGCGAGCUGGAGCGGGAGAUUGACGAAAUUGCCGCCGACGUGGCGUCGAUGGCCCGCGUGUCGGCGCCGGCCGACUCCGAGGGGGACCGGUUCAGCUCGGCACACUCUUGUCACCACCUGGACAUCGCGCUCGGCGCCCGACGUGUCGUCACUGCUCGACGCCCCAUCGCUGCUGCCGGCCCACUCGUCAGCGCAGCGCGUCCGCCAGCAGCUGGUCAACAAGUGGAGGGACGAGACGGCCGCCAGCGGCUCCAGCAGUCGCAGCCACUCGCUGCGUCCCAGCCGGUCGCAGGUGGCGACGGCCGCGACUGGUCGCCGCCCGCCGCCGCGACACAGGCGCAGUCGACAGACGCUCGAGCCGCGCCGGCAGAUCAGCUUCAGAAGCAUGCUCUGAGGUGUGCGGGAGGCAGGCAGACCCGCGGGGGCGCCUCGGAAGGAGGGCUGCCCCUGGUGGUGCCUCAAGGACGUGUCGCGGUCGGAAUUGUUUGAUGUCACUUGCGUUACAGUUGUCUGGUGCUUGUUCUGACUGCGGAGUUCGUGAAUCAUCCUGUCGGCAGUGAAAUGCUUUUUUUUUGCUCCUGUCUGAAAAAGUGGAAGUGAUGGCCGACUUUCUAUGCAACUGAAAUUGUCGUUUUGUGUUUUGUCUUUGGUCCUAUCCGGCUGCCACAUUGCUGGCUGUUUUACCGUCAUGAUUGUGUCCCUGUCUUGGUUAUUAUAUUAUGUCAGCUCGCAAAUGAUUGCUGCUUUCAUGUGUGCAGGUUACGAAAAUGAUCCUUGCAACGUUUGACGUUCAGGCAAGGAAGCCUUUAAAAAAAAUGUUGAUACUUAGUUCAGAGCUCGCAUGUAUUGCAUCAAAACACAUGCUGGAGCCAUGCACCCACGCGUUUCACACUACGAACGAAACACAUUGCACGACAUGUGAUAUAUGUUGUCCGUGUUACUGUAUAUAUUGUGGAGAAGAGUCUGUCUUUGCUGUUCGAUGUUCUCUAGCUGUUCGCUAGCUGUUGCUAGUACUCUCUACCCGUCGCUUGAAAUCAUUAGCCCGGAAACGGGUGAACAUGUUCGCUAUUUUAUCUGCUGUCGUCUGUGAGAAUGUGACGUUAAGGUUGAAAUAAAUAACUAUAUUGCAUUUAA